CUCACGCUGACGACGGUUCUGUCGCUUCGCUGUGGCCUUUGAUGUAUGCUGGUGUGUAGACACGUUAACUUCCCGCACAGCCCACGAAGACACGCGUCGGAGGCCCGUGCUUCCACUAGAUCCUCAGCCGAGCAGCUCGAAAUGCGAGCGGGCAGAGGAAGAGGCCGUGCGAGAUGCGACCGACGUCAAACGGGGCACGGCGACGGCAGCGAUGCUCCUCGAGCGGCAACGAUCGCAGGGACGUGCGUGGAUAUGUGUCCGCCGCGAGAACGCCAGUGGCGUGAAAAAGAACGUCUCCUCCAUCCUUUCGAGAUCAUCGAUGGCACGGAAAGCGACGCUCGGCCUAAGGCUGACAGGAACAAAGCCAUCAAGCAAUUCUCCAGAUCGGCGGCCGGACAGAGGGAGGCUACUUCUGAUGAACUCAGGCCACCAGAUGUACUGCUCAAGACAACAGCUUACCUAAUGCGCAUGAUUGCACCAUCAUGCCGUGGAGACAGCUGGACUGACACAUACCACUUCGUGUGGGACAGAUUGUGGGCUGUGCGCCAGGAUAUGACCAUCCAAGGUCUCAACGGUGGGGAGUGCAUCAAAAUACUGGAACAGGCUGUGCGUUUUUACGUCUAUUCAGCCUUCAGGUGCUUCGAAGAAGAUAUGAAUGCUUUUGAUCCUCACAUCAACAACCAACACCUACAGGAAUGUUUGAAGCGCCUGUUAGUUCAGUACCAGCAGUUCGCUGUAGACAAGUGUGGGAACAGACCAGAAAUGGAAGCCAUCUACAUUCUUCACAACCUGGGAUCGUUUGAUGCUCUAGCUCAUGCGAUGACUCUUCCAAAGGAAAUAAGGAACCACAGUUUGGUCAAGAUUUCACUGGACACAAGCCUGGCGCACAGAAAAGGAAACUUUGUUCGAGUUCUGAGAAACUACAAGGCCCUUCGUCCUAUACUUGCUUGCGCUUUGCACUCACAUUUGGAGCUUAUUAGGAGAACAGCGCUGCAGGUUAUGGCGGUGGCUUUCAGCUCCCAGAAUUGCAAGUUUCCUCUGUCCACACUAGGCCGCUGGCUCGGCUGCUCUGAGAACACUGCAAGAGAACUGUGCCAUCUCUACCAGCUACCAGUUCAGGACUCUGAAGUCAAGUUUCUCAAAGGUCGUGGAGAUUUCACAUUGAAACAAUCCAAGAAGCACCGUGAUUCAGCCCUCGUGAAGGUCUUGACUAAAAGCGACAUCAGCACUUUACUUUGUCCAGAUGACGAAAGACAACCAUGUCAAGGGAGCUGACGACAGAUGCUAUUGAAUUUGACAAAGACCCACAUCACUGCUUCUAAUCACAGAGCAAGAAUUUUCCUAAUUUAUUUGCACAUCGCAAUAAAAUCAUGCUCAGCUUCAUCAAUGAA